AUGGAACAAGAUCGAAGGCUUGAGCUCAUCGACAACGCAAUUCAGAAGCUUAUACUCGACAACAACAAAGUCCAAGGAUCUCACCAUACCAACGAUGCUCAAUACCAAAACGCUCUUUCCCACCUUCUCUCUGUCUCUCAGUUGAACCUUUUGAAAGGAGACGAGAUACCUGAGCAAUUUGAAACUACUAGUUCUUCUGAGCCGGUGGCUUCUGUAAUUCAGGAGCCAGAAGGAGAAAAAGAGGAUGGUGGCGGAAGGAGGGGAAAUGAAAAUGAUGAGAUCAUGAAAGAGCUGAAGAAGGUGAAGAGGCAGAACUUUGUGACUCAUUGUCUUCUUUCAGUGAUGAUUGUCCUCACUGUGACUUGGCAACUAUCUGAGGUCUCUCUUAUUUUGCAACUGAAAGAUGGACUAAGCCACCCUUUUAAAUCCUUUGGAAAUAUACUCAAAGGGAUCUUGAAAGUCCCUAACAUGAAUGGCCAGGAAGCUGAUGACAAAGAACAACCUCCUGAGUCUCUAUUCCUUCCUUCCGUGAUGAUUCCAGAUAUGUCUCUUACUGGAAACUACUCAAACUAG